AUGUUGCGUUCGCCGUCUGGACGAUAUGGUUCUGAUCCAAACCUAAACGAUUCUAGUUUUGUGUUACGGAAGCGUAAACACGACGAUGAGUUUACUGACCUAUUUAACAAGUUUACUGCAAAUAUUACCUCCAAAUUAGCCGCAUGGAAAGAUGAGGUCACUAAUGAGAUAUCUAAGAUUAGUACUAACAUAAACACAGUAAGAGAGGAUAUCUCAGAACUAAAGGAAGCAUCCCAAGAAUUUAAGACGGAGAUUGGAAAAAUUCGGAACGAUCACCAAGAAAUUAAAAAAAUUACUCAAACUCUGAACGACGAACACAUUAAAUUGAACACGGAAAUGGACUUAAUAAGGAAUUCUAUCGAAUUUCACAGUGCUCAAUGUGAAGAUCUUAACAAGAAAGUAAAUUUAUUUUCGGAUGAUAUUAAAAACAUUGUCACAUUGGAAUCAAAAUUGAUUGCUAUACAAAAUGAAAAUAGACAAUUGAAACAGCUGAUAAACUCUAAUGAUCAACGUGAAAGACUUUUAAACCUUGAAAUUGUGGGUAUCCCAGAAACAGCCAAUGAACACCCAACUAACAUAGUAAUUAACUUAGCAAAACUAGCAAAUGUGGAUAUAAUACCUGCCAAUAUUAUUUUUGUCAAUAGAAUUACCCCGAAAAACAAACAACAUGGAAGGCCUAGAAUCUUAAUUGCACGAUUGUCAUCGCGCUUAUUAAAAGACAAUAUUAUCUCAGGUGCACGCAAAUUGCGUUUGACUACAAAAGACUUAGGCGUGAGUGGAGAAGUGAAACCUGUUUACGUCAAUGAUAACCUGACGCCUCAGAACAAACUACUGUUAAAAAAGUGCAAAGAAACAGCAAAAAUAAAGGAAUUUCAAUAUGUUUGGACAAAACACGGAAAAGUUUAUAUCAGAAAAAACGAUACCAGUCCUUUGAUUCAGAUUUUAGACGAGGAAGACAUGAAAAGGAAGAUAGCCUAG